AUGGCGUCUAAAAUUGAUGACAAUAAGACAUUUUGGCUUGAAUUUAUCGGCCUUUAUCAUACGUUUCCUAAAUUGUGGAAAGUUAAAAGCGAAGCCUAUAAAAAUAGAAUUAAGAAAGAUGCGGCGUACGAAAAACUGGUAGAGAAAAUGAAAGAAAUUGAUCCAAAAGCAAAUAGGGACUUAGUGCGUGCCAAAAUUAAUUCUCUUCGUACAUCAUACCGUAGAGAAUUGAAGAAAGUAAAGUCCAGCCAAAAAUCAGGUGCAGGGGCUGAUGAUAUUUAUGAACCAAGUUUGUGGUACUUCUAUGAAAUCGAUUUUUUAAGAGACCAAGAGACUCAAUUGCAAGGAACUUCCACAUUAGACAGUUUUGAUGAAAUUGUCGAUGUAGUCGAGGAAAACAACGAUGAAGCGGUAAGCAUAAUAUCAUAA